CUCUCUCUCUCUCUCUCUCUCCUCUCUCUCUCUUUUUCCUUGGACAAAUCGCGGAAAUAAAUGAAACGAUCGACCUAUCUAACGUAUCCGCCGUCCAUCUUCUCUAAUUCCUUUUGCAAUAAAUCGAUCCCGUAUACACACAAACGGAAAUAUACAUAUUCUAAGCGCCUUCGUCGUCGCGUAGAGAUAAGUUUAACUCGUUUAUGAAAAUCGAUAUGGCGUAUGACUGGUGCAUACAUACAUAGAACAAUACGUCCUAUACAUCGGUAUCAUUUUCGACAUGCAAUUCGAGACGUACACAUACACACAAAUAAAUAAAUACAUACAUACAUACAUACAUACAUACAUACAUACGUACAUACAUACGUAACACGUUUGUGACGACAGGUUUGAAAUCCUUCAGUUACGAAAUACGAUUUUUAUUUCUUUUCUUUUUCGCGAAUCGAUAACAUUGUACGGAAGAAAUAAUUCGAAAAUCAUUUCAAACUACGAUUAGCGAGCUUUCUUUCUUCUGUAGUAGCCCAACGUCUAAACCUGAUAUAGGUACCUCUACGAACGCAUAAUGUUGAAUAAUCGAUAUGUUAAAUAAAAAGAAUUUCAUUUAUAAAACCCCAUUUUUUAUUUAUCGAUAUCGAUUAACGAUGAGACUAACUUUUUUUAAAUUGUUAUCAUCAUCAUCAUUAUUUAUUUAUUUAUCUAUUCACUAUUUUUAUUAAUGCACAUCUAUGCAAAAAAUGAAAUAGCUCUUCGCCAUAUUUGAUCGAUGCGUUUGAAACAUCCCGAUAUGAAUACGAACAUUUUUUUUAUCGUUUCUUCAUUAAAAUCAUGACCUUUCGUUCCUAUUAGUCUCUCUAUUUUUGCUAAAAUUUUUUUCUCAGAUAGAUUUUAUACACUUUAAUUAAUGAGAAAGUUGAAUGUUCCUGCUAGCGUCAGAUGGAUUUUAAAUGGAAGAACCAUAAAACCCGUUAGAUGAUCAUCAAUGAUUUUAAGCGUCUCUUUCAACAAUCCAUUUCCUCAAUAAAAGAUGCACUCGAACGUGCAUUGAGAUAUUAGAAACUAUGACGAAAAACUUGGCAAUCGUCGUUGCUUUCGUCGGUUCGUCGUUCGUGCAUGACCUUCGCAACGAGAUCGCAUUCUUUUUCUAGGGCGCAUUGCCAAUGCGAAUGGUCGAUGCGGAGGCAUAAAAAAGAAUAAUUAAGCAAACUGAAUGAAAGAAAGAGAUACAUAGAGAUAGAUAUAUGGAACAAAUAGAAAACUGAUUUUGAGAUUAAUUCGUAUCCUAUUUAUAUAUGUAUAUAUAUAUAGAAAGAUAUAUAUAUGUUAUAAGAUGCAACGCAUUUCCAUUCGUUUCUUUACCUUGUAAACAUCGAGUCGUAAUAAUGGAACAGGUGCUGUUACCAACGCACACACACACGCAGAAAUACAUACAUACAUACAUACAUACAUAAAUUUAUUUACGUGCAUCGUUGAAGAAUUGCAAGAACAUCGGAGAAGCGUAUACAAGAUAGCAACCGCGCGCGUGUCCUGUCUCUAUGUGGGUGUGUGUUCGUCUUUAUGUGUGCGUGUGUGUAUAUGUUUUUUGUGUAUAUGUACGUGUAUUAUAUUCACGUUGAUCGCAAUAGAAAUCCGUGUUAAUACGUAGGUAGGGAUAAACGGGUGGGGCAAGUUAAUGCGUAACGCUAUCGUUACGUGUUUUCUCUCUUUCUCUCUCUCUAGAUAUAUAUAUAUAUAUAUGUAUGAAUAUAUAUAUGUAUGUAUAAUAUGUAUGUAUAUAUAAAGAAAAGAAAGAGCUAAGAAAAAUUGUUUACCACUGGACGGUCCCGAUCGAAUGAACCUUCUCUUUUACACACUUAUAUUUCCAUAUAACAUAAAUGUGCAUUUAAACGUGGUGCAGUAGUGCCGACGCGUGAGAUCUCUCUGGAGGGCCUUUAUUAUAUCAAACUCUUGUGUCCCCGAACCGGCGCUGUCUGAACCAGCUCAACAGCUGAUCGGAGUACGAAGCGGCGGUGAACGGGGCCACUAUUGCACCACCACCCCGCAUAUUUGCAAGAGAUCGGAACCGAUAUAAUCGUUGAGGAGUAACGAGAGAUCUUAAAGGUCACGUUCGAAAGAAGUUGUGGGAGAUUGAAAGAAAGAGAGAGAAGUGAAAAGAAGUGAGAGAGAUAACGAGAGGAAUCAAGAAAAGAAUCAGUAACAGAAAAGAGACGGAGAUAGAGAUCAGCAGGGUGAGAACAUAAGAGGGAAAAAAAAAAAACAGAAAAGAAAAUUGAAGAAAAAGAAGAGGAGGAACAAAAAGAAGAAGAAAAAGAAAAAGAGGGAGGAGGUGUGUCGUAAAAUACAGGGGGUGACAGAAACAAAGAAUUUUUUUAUUCGCUUGGACACGGCAUCAUGGUCAAAACUUUCCAAGCGUAUCUGCCCUCCUGUCAUCGCACUUACUCGUGCAUUCACUGCCGUGCUCACCUCGCCAAUCACGACGAACUCAUCUCUAAGGUGAGCUCUCUCUAUCAGUCCUUCCAAGGCAGUCAAGGCCGUGCCUAUCUCUUCAAUUCUGUGGUAAACGUGGGUUGUGGUCCUGCCGAGGAACGCGUACUCUUAACCGGCCUUCACGCGGUCGCCGAUAUUUACUGCGAGUGCUGCAAGACUACUCUCGGCUGGAAAUACGAGCAUGCCUUUGAGUCGAGUCAAAAGUACAAGGAGGGCAAGUUCAUAAUCGAGCUCGCCCACAUGAUCAAGGAGAAUGGAUGGGAAUGAAACCUUCUUAGGGGAAAUUUCGAUUAAUAUUCCCCCUGAUCUUGAAUCGCUCGCGUCGAACUUCGUUCAUUGAUGAUGAUGGUGAUGAUGAUGAUGAUGAUAAUGAUGAUAAUGACGAUGAUGAUGAUGAUGCCUCCUACUACGACGACGAAGAUGACGAUUAUAACGACGACGAAGACGACGAUUACGACGAUGACGACAAAGAGGAAAACGUCUUCGUUCUAAUAUCGUAAAGUGCGGCUCAUCUUCAACCAUCCACUCCCAUUUCCCUUCCUCUCCUUACUCCCUUUUACCCUCAUUAUUCCUCCAUCCCUCGCCAUUUUCCCAAGUUCAAGCGAACCCAAAACCCCCCUCUUCACUCUGUCGAACCACCAACGAAAGUCUGUGAUUUCAUUUGUGAUUUCUAAUCUUAGUAACGUUUAUGUUUCGGACAAUUCGACGGCUUCGAAUACGACGAGGACGAGGACGAGGACGAGGACGAGGACGAGGACGAGGACGACAAGGACGCAACCGAUUUUUGUUUUUUCCGAUCGACUCGAACGACGAGCGAUGACAUCGGUGAAUGAUCCGCACUGCGUAUGCGGAUCGAUCUCCGAUAUAUAUUAAUUGUGUAAAGAAAUUUUAUUUUUCAAAAGGACGCGCGCGCACGCUCACUCUACGCGCUCGCGCGAUAUACAUACAUACAUACAUACAUACAUAUUAUAUAUAUAUAUAUAUAAAUAUAUAUAUAUAUAGAUUAUUAAAUAAAACGACGAUAUGACAUCGCGCGAUUAUGGUGAAUAUGAUGACGACGAUGGUGCCAUGGUGGAAACAACAACAACAACAACAACAACAGUAAUAAUAAUUAUAAUAAUUAUAAUAAUAAAGGGACCGGAUAGCUCUGUUCGACCUCAGGGGUGCCCCUCCCCUCCCUCAUAUUUUCACUCACAUUAUUCUGUCGUUCGAUCCAACGACAACGACGACGACAACCGACAACAAGCAAGCAAACAAGCAAGCAAGCAAGCGUCGUGUCCGUAUAGAUAUAAUAUGUUAAGAAAUAAACGCGUGUGUGUGUGUGGGGCACCCCGAGGAGAAUAUCAGCUUUUAGAAAUCCGUUAUCCGCACUCGAAGUCAAUGCUUUUAAGUGCUGCAACGGAUAUGAUUAAAAAAGAAGAAACGACAAAAGAGAAAAAAUAAGCAAGAACAAAAGGAAAAGGAAAAGGGGAGGAAAAGUAAAGUAAUAAUAGAUAAAGAUAACAUAUAACAACAACACACACGUCGCUGGACUGACCGCCUGCCUGCCGCGUCUAUCAUUGGAAUUUCACUGCCGAUAUUCCUAACUAUUAAUUAAGAAGAAUUAUUGCGUUGUGCAUAGACGACGCGAAAAAAAAUGGUAGUCUCUUAGUGUAGCUUACGUUUAAUAGUAUAUUAACUAAAAAAGAAAAAAAGCCUAUAUUACAACAUUAUAGGACACCUCUCGUGGAUGAUAGAAUAUAAGUAAUUAAGUAAAAGUAAUGAAGGGAUGAGUGAGAAAGAAAUUGCAUGAAAAAAGAGAGAGAGAGAGAGAGAGAGAGAGAGAGAGAGAGAGAGAGAGAGAAAGGGAGAUAGGUAGAGAUAGAGAUAUAUGGAGAGAAGAAAAAGGUCUGGUUAUGUGUUGCGUGUACAUGUUUGAUUUUAUGUUCACCAUGCCUGCCAAACUGUCUAUUUGUCUACCAGUAGCUACUACUGUUACUAGGAAUAUUAUAGCGUAUAUAACAUGUUCACGUUUAUGUUAAUUUUGUUUUCUUUCAUCGGCUCUUGCAGGGUGUGGUGCGACUGAAUCUUUUAUUGUAAUACCACUGGACUGCGCCUUCCUAUGCACGCACUAUAAUAAUACGUUAAAAAAAAAAUUAUGGAACAAGACAAUUGCUCAUUACUUUUAACGUCGAUCUCAAUUGUAAAUAUUAAAUAAGAUUCUGUAAUAUCAUGAGUGAUUUUACGAAAGCAGCAUUUUCGUUCUGCUCAAAAGUAAAAAGAAAAAGAUAUACAUAUGUGUGUAUAUAUAUAUAUAUAUAUAUAUAUACGUAUAUAUAUAUGUGUACAUAUAUAUGUAUACGUAUAUGUACGGUAAUUGAUCGUGUGAGAGACGAUAAAUUUUCUUUAUUAUCGUAAUAACAUCAUGGCUGGACGUGUAAAAAAAAAAAAAAGAAAAAAAGAAUAAUAAUGACACAGUGACAUUUCUAACGUAAUUUUCGUUUUCUUUUAACGCAUCGCGAAUUGUUUGUUAGUGAGAAUAAAAUAUAAUACGUUCUCAAUAUAAUUUAUAAUCUCUUCUUCUUUUUUUUUUUUCUUUCUUAUUUCUUUUUCUUUCUUUUUUUUUUCGCUUUGUUUUGUACGUAGCUUCCAGUAAUAGUUAUCUUGUUUCGUCGAACAAUGAUAUGAUACAAAUAUUCUCUACAGAUGUAACUAUCAGAAUUAUUUUGCGAGAUAUUCAUCGUAUAUACAUACGUCGUUGAGAAAAACAAUAAAAAAGAAAAAAAAAAGACACAAAAAAAAAGAGAAAGAAAAAAAAACAAAGUAUUUUCUUCGCUCGUAACAUACAACAGAGAAAAAAAGAUUAUAUGAAAUUCGUACCUAUGCACAUUCUCUCUUCAUAGGAUCGACAAAAGUUGUGUAGUAAAAGAUUAAUGUUUAUCGAUGCUGAUCAACGUGCAUGCGUUCUUAGAAAUCAUGACACCGUUAGAUAUAUGCAUUUACGCGGGAUAAAAACGCGACACCGGCCAAAUUCUUCUAAUCGUCAACAAAAUCGUGGACCUGAAGGUAGCAAUGUUAUAAUGGAAGAUAUAAGACGUAUUUAAUUUGUAUUUUUAGCAAAGGAAAAAAAAAAAAAUAUGUACCAAUCAAAAAAAAAAAAAGAGAAAAAAAAAGAACAAAAAAAAAAGAAGACGAAAAAAAAAACUUGUCGAGAUGCGAAAAGAAAUUGUACAGAAUUUGUCACGUCGUUUAUCGUGGUAUUUUUUUUAUAAGUAUACAUCGAGAAAUACAAAAUAUCGGGCAUGUUAAAGCAAACUUGCAAGAAAAAGAAAUACAAAACCUAAAGCUUCUUCUGAAAGGGGUUCUGUUAAAUGCAUACAUAUGAAAGUGGCAGUAUAUUCGUGUGUAUGUUGUGAAACAACAAUAGAAAAGAAAAUUGCAAAAAAAAAAAAGAAAAGAAAAGAAAAGAAGAGAAAAAAGAAGAAAUAAGAAAAUGGUUGAAUGAAUGUGCCGGCCUAAAUCCUCACGCUAUCUUUUAAAGAGUACUUUUUAUAUCAACGUGCCGAUGUCCUUAUAUCUGCACUCCUCCGAAAAUCCUUGUUAAAUUGUACCCAGCGACACUAACUCUUGUAGUUCUUCAGCCUCCACCCAACAUUCACCACUACCACCAUCACACGAUUUUGCUUUGUAAAACAUGUUCGUAAUAAAAAAGAAAUGGAAAAAAAAUUAAUAAAAAAUAAAAAAAAUCAAAAAGAAAGAAA